AUGAAGAUCCCUCAAGGCUUGACAGUGCCGGAAAGCAAUCUUGUGUGCAAGCUUCAGAAAUCCUUGUAUGGGUUGAAGCAAACUAGUCGGCAGUGGAAUGUGAAGCUUACAAGCAUGUUGUUAGACCUUGUAUAUACUCAAUCAAGACAUCGUUACCCUCUCUUCACUAAGCUGGAAGAUGGUCAUCUCACAACCAUUUCAGUUUUUGUAGAUGAUCUGAUUUUAGCAGGCUCUAACUUGGCAGAAAUUAAUUUUCUAAACCAGAAACUAUAUGAGGCCUUUAAAACUAAAGAUAUUGGAGUACUAAAAUACUUUUUAAGUUUGGAGAUUGCAAGAGGAUCAAAGGGUAUCACUAUGAAUCAGAGGAAACAUGUCAUUAAUCUGCUUGAGGAAUUUGGCAUGAUAGAUUGCAAACUGACUUCUACUCCGAUGGACUAUUCAGCAAAAUUGGCGAAAGAUGGUGCUCCAACCUACUCAGAUGUUCCCCAUUAUAAGAGAUUACUUGGAAGGUUAGUUUACUUGACCACAACUAGGCCAGAUAUCACUUUCGCAAUUGAAAAGUUGAGGCAUUGUUUAGAUUGUCCAACCCAAGCUCACUACACAACGAAUUUAUGUGUGCUUAAGUAUCUCAAACAGUCACCAGCCACUGGCUUGUUCUUUGCUACAUCCUCAAACCUCUCUUCAAUAGGCUUCUCGGAUGCUGGUUGGGCAGCCUGCCACGAUAUAAGACAAUCUCUAACAGGUUACUGCUUCUAUCUUGGCAACUCCCUUAUAUCAUAG